CCACACCGUGCGCCCUACCCAAAACCCACUGACAAACGGGACCCAUAGCCCAGAAGUCCGCGAUGUGCGGCAUCUCCCUCGUCCUCUCUGGUGACCCCCUGGUCGCCGCCGCCGCCGCGGCGGCGGAGAUCCGUCACUCCGGCGAGGGGAAGGGCGUGUCGGCUGAUGAGCUCAAGGAGGCUCUGCGCCGGAGAGGUCCCGACAGCCUUGGCUGCGUAAGGCGCCGCCUUUGCUCUGACGGCACGGUUCUAGGGGCUGAUGGAUGCGAUGGCGGAGGAGAGGGUAAAGCCGGCGUGGGUGAUGGUGGUGUUGCUGAGUUGCUCUUCAUUGGAGCAACACUGCAUCUUAGGGGAGCUGAGCCGGUUGCGCAGCCACUGGUGUCCCCGUCUGGAAGUAUUCUUGUGUAUAAUGGUGAGAUAUAUGGAGGCAUUGAAGUUGCCGAUGAUGAAAAUGACACCCAGGCUCUUUUUUCUUCACUGGAAUCUUGCUGUUCAUGUGACUGCCAUGCUCUUAGUAGAGAUGAAGCUUGUUCUUGUGGAAGUGGUGUCAAAUCAGUACCACAAAUCCUUUCCACAAUCAAAGGUCCUUGGGCUUUGAUAUACUGGCAGAUGGACUCAAAUACGAUUUGGUUUGGCCGGGAUGCAUUUGGAAGGAGAAGCCUAUUGGUACAUUGGCCCACAUCUGAUGAUUCACGCUUCAUAUUAUCAUCAUUAGCACCCCCUUCAUUUGCAAGAAAUAACGCAGAUGCAACGGUAAAUGGUUUUGUGUCAGAUCCUGACAUCUCUGACUGUAACAAAGCUAGCUACUGGGAAGAGCUUCCUUGUGGGAUAUACAGCAUCCACAUGAAAAAUAUCAGAAAAAAUGGCACAUGUGUGAAGGAAGGAUGGAUUGUUGAAGUUAAUACACAUGAAUGGAUGGAUUCUUCAUUGAAUAAAUUAAUUCAAUGGGAGAGGAAACUGACAGUUCCUACCAUAGAGAAGAGUUCUAUUGAUGGUGGGAACCAUGACUUGUCUCAGAACUUUGUAAGCUCAGGGGAAUCUGAAGAAAAUAAUAAAAAUGGGGUCACGAAGAUAAAUCUCCUUUCAGAUUCUAGCUUAUGUUCAGCAAAUUGCAUAACACAAUCAGCACAUAAAGUAUUGGUUGCAUUACGGGAAUCUGUAAUGCUGCGGACUAAGAUGAACACACUCUUUCAGGGUGGUUUGAAUAAACUUAGGGACAAAGAGUUAGCCCCAAUAGCGGUCCUCUUUUCCGGUGGCUUAGACUCCAUGAUACUUGCCGCAUUGUUAGACCAGUGCAUUGACCCCAAGUGGACAAUUGAUUUGUUAAAUGUCAGUUUUGAUGGUCAGCUUGCCCCAGAUAGGAUUUCUGCAAUAGCAGGACUGAGGGAGCUUCAGAGGAUCUCUCCACUACGGAGAUGGCAACUUGUUGAGAUUGACACUGCUUUGACUGACUUGAAAAGGGAAAGUGAACACGUGAUGUCACUCAUACACCCUUCAAAUACUUAUAUGGAUUUAAACAUUGGUAUUGCUCUCUGGUUGGCUGCUGGUGGGGAUGGUUCGGUGGAGGGGAGUGCAUGUCUUAUGCAAGAUGGCUCUCGCCAUAAGUACAAGUCAAGAUCAAGAGUCCUAAUAGUCGGUUCCGGUGCUGAUGAACAGUGUGCCGGUUAUGGUAGACACCGGACUAAAUACAGGCUUGGAGGGUGGAAUGCACUGAAUGAGGAGAUGAGACUAGAUGUGCAAAGAAUAUGGAAAAGAAACAUGGGAAGAGAUGAUAGAUGCAUUUCUGAUCAUGGCAAGGAGGCCCGUUUCCCAUUUCUUGACGAGAACGUGAUAAAAACUUUGUUGGACAUUCCGUUAUGGGAGAUUGCUAAACUUGAUGAACCUGUGGGAAAGGGUGACAAGAAGAUCUUGAGAGAGGUUGCAAGGCUGCUGGGACUAGAAGAAGCUGCUCUUCAGCCAAAGCGAGCAAUUCAGUUCGGCUCAAGAAUAGCAAGGGAGUCGAACCGCAAGAACUUUGGGAGUAACCGAGCUGCGAACCAGGCAUCAGCAGGCAUGGCGCAGGCACUGGAGGCCGCAGGGUUCGACUGCGCGCACCGCUCCGCGGUGGACGCGGUCGUCGACGUCCUCCUGCGCUACAUCUCCCACCUGGGCCGGUCCGCGGCCUUCAACGCCAACCUCGCCGGCCGCGCGCUCGCCAACGAGCUCGACGUCAUCCAGGCGCUCGAGGAGGUCGGCUCCGACACGGACGGGUUCGCGGGCGCGUCCGCCACGGGGCACUGCCUCGUCGGCUCCGGCGUUGUCAGGGACCUCAUGGCGUUCGUCGACACCAAGGACGAGGUCCCGUUCGUGCGGCCGCUGCCCAGGUUCCCUGUGCCGCGUGUGCAGCCGCAGCCCUCCGCCAGCUUCGCGGUGGCUGGGAGGGAGACCGGGAUGAAGCACGUGCCUGAGUGGCUCCCGGUGUUCCCGGAUCCGCACACCUAUGUGAGGACAGAGGCGUGGGUUGAGCCGCCAGCGACCAAGGACCGGGUGGACAAGGUGGAGCAGGUGCGGCAACGGAGGAAGGCUGAGAAGUCCCUGCUCAGCUUGCAGCAAAGGCUAGCACAGGCUGGUGCUGAAGGUUUUCAUCCAGCAGUUGGGCUUGCACAGGAUAGCACGGAGAAGGGCAAGGAGAUACAGGCAGCUGGGACCAAGAGAAAUCCAUUUUUUGAGCCAGCAUUGCCGCCUGGAGAGAAGGCUAUAUCCGAGGUUGAUAUGCCUCCUGAAAAGAAGAAACUCUCUGUCCUUGAGGCAUUUGCACCAGCUAUUCAAGCUACAGCCAUCAGGGAGAUUGAUGCUGGGACAGGGUUGGAUCAAAACCAAAGGAGCAUCGUUCCAAAGGAGAGGGUGCCAGUACACCUCAAAAUUGGAUUUGGUAAGAAGCCGGUAGCAGCUGUCCCGAAUUCAGAAGCCCUGGAUCUGAGGGAUGAUCCUUCCUUCUUGAAGGAGGAAGCAAAGGAUGACAGGAAGCGGAGAGCAGGAAUGAUAUUAAGAGCAUCAAUGGAGAACCCACAGGAACUUCCUCAACUCUGAAGCGGUUUAUGGAUCAACUGCGGUGACAGAAUGGAAUCGCAUCACGGUGCGAUUGAGUUUAUUGGAGCUAUGGAUAUUCCAGAUUGAUGGUGGAACUUCAAUUUCCAGAAUCUUGAGGCCAUGAGUCCGUGAUACGACUUUCCUCCUAUCUGAAUGACAUCAGAAGCAUUCUUAGAACCUUGCUAACAGCACCCAGACUCUCCCGCCUCCACCUACCAUUUUCCUGGAAUCACAACGUGCUGGUUAUUCUGCAGCGCUGUAACUGAAGUUCCACCAUUUCACCUCAUUCAACUUUGGUUCUGCUGGUAUUUCACUGCUAAGGCAUUAAGCCGUUAACUGUAAGUGAGCCGCUUCAUACGGAGCUGAUUUGGGAGGCCGUGUUUCCUCUCCCCAGACAUGGCGUCCAAAAUAAUGAUGCUCCCGAGUUACUUUUUGUAGCUGUAUUCCCUGGUAGAAUUGAAGAGAGAUGUUUGUACAAAAGCUAACCUGAUUCUCCUGACCUAGACUCCGAGACUUGUCUCGGGCAGGAUUGAUGUACCUAGCGGGUUACUCCCGAGAGCCAGCUUCUUUAUGUUACAUGUUGGCCUAAUAGCUCAGCCCGCUGUUUGGUCGCCUGCCUGCAAUCUGGGCGCUUUCAAAACACCUGAUGGGACACAUUCAUGAGGAUUUGAUUGAUUCAAAGAAGGCUUGACCUAGGUGAGUCCAUAUCCUCUGUGAGACUUGAGCUUUGGUUGCCCUUUCUGGGACUGUAAUAACUGUGUACCAUAUUGAUUCUUUCGGCUCUUUUCCCUCUAUCUAACCUGAGCUUCCCCGAUUGGACCGGUGCUUGUGCA